GUCAGUGAAUGGACGGAGCUAAGCUAGUCAUGAGCUUAGACGCCUCUGUGACAUUUCAUAUCUAACGUCUAUAUUCAGCAUCCGAGGAGGCAUUUCAACAGGUCGGCAUCAUGGGCGAACCGCAGCAGGUGAGCGCCCUGCCUCCUCCGCCCAUGCAGUACAUCAAAGAGUACACCGACGAGAACCUCCGCAAGGGUCUGGCUCCGAAGCCGCCGCCGCCCAUCAAAGACAGCUACAUGAUGUUCGGCAACCAGUUCCAGUGCGACGAGCUCAUCAUCCGGCCGCUGGAGAGCCAGGGCAUCGAGAGGCUCCACCCGAUGCAGUUCGACCACAAGCGGGAGCUCAAGAAGCUCAACAUGUCCAUCCUCGUCAACUUCCUGGACCUGCUGGACAUCCUCAUCAAGAGCCCCGGCAGCAUCAAGCGCGAGGAGAAGCUGGAGGACCUGAAGCUUCUGUUCGUGCACAUGCACCACCUGAUCAACGAGUACCGGCCGCACCAAGCCAGGGAGACGCUGCGGGUGAUGAUGGAGGUGCAGAAGAGGCAGAGGCUGGAGACGGCCGAGAGGUUCCAGAAACACCUGGAGAGGGUGGUGGAGAUGAUCCAGGGGUGCCUCGCCUCGCUGCCCGACGACCUGCCGCAGACGGAGGGUCCGGACGGCGCGGGGUCGUCGGCGCCGGCCCCCGGGAUGAAAACUGAACCGAUGGACGUGGAGGAGGCCGGCGCCAGCUGCACGGCGGCGGGCCACCAGGACAAGAGCACGGCGGCUUUAAAGAAGGGCAACGCGUCGGACAAGGAGGCCGCCAUGUGCAGCAUCAUCGAUGAAAUAGCUUAAGUCGUCGCGUUCCUUUUUUUGUACGCCUAAAUGUUUUUUUAUGUACAUAAACUAAGUAUGAAAACA